AUGGCUAUUCUGCCGAAGCCCCCCGCUGCUAACUCUCUCUCGAAAAGCGCAGCAGCAGCAAAGUCAAAAGCUGCAGCAGCACCAGCAGCAGCAGCAGCUAAACCAGCAGCACCACCAGCAGCAAAGUCGACAGCAGCAGCAGCAAGACCCGCAGUGCCACCAGCAAACAAAGCAACAGCAGCAGCAGCGAAGCCAGCAGCAGCGGCAGCAAAACCAGCAGCAGCAGCAGCAGCAAAACCAGCAGCAGCGGCAACAGCAAAACCAGCAGCAGCAGCAACACCAAAACCAGCAGCAGCAGCAGCAAAGCCAGCGGCAGCAGCAGCAGCAAAGCCAGCAGCAGCAGCAGCAGCAGCGAAGCCAGCAGCUACAGCAGCAAACAAAGCAGCAGCAGCAAAACCAGCAGAAGCGAAUGCAGCAGCAGCAAAACCAGCGGCAGCAGCAACAGCAAAACCAGCAGCAGCCAAACCAGCAGCAGCAGCAGCGAAGCCUACAGCAGCAGCAGCAGCAGCAAAGCCAGCAGCAGCAGCAGCAAAGGAUGCUUCUGCUAAGCCAAGCCCGACAGCAGCAAAAGCACCACAGCCCGAUGCUGCUGCAGCAAAAUCGCAACCAGCUGCUGCUGCUGCAGCAAAACCCCAACCAGCUGCUGCUGCUGCAGCAAAGCCGCAACCAGCUGCUGCUGCUGCUGCUGCGAAACCGCAACCAGCUGCUGCUGCCACUGCAGCACCAAAAGCCUCCGAAGCAGCACCAAAGACAGCAGUAACAGCAGCAGCAGCAAAGCCAGGAACAGCAGCAGCGGCAAAGCCAGCAGCAGCAGCAACAGCAGCAGCAAAGCCAGAAGCAGCAGCAGCAAAGCCUGCAGCAGCAGCGGCAAAGCCAGGGGCUGCUGCCGCUAAACAGGCAGGACCUGCAGCAGCAGACGCGAAACCAGCAGCAGCAGCAGCAGCAGCAAAACCAGCAGCAUCAGCAGCAACACCCAAAUCAGCAGCAGCAGCACCCGCAGCAGCUAAGGCAGAAGCAGCUAAACCAGCAGCACCAGCAGCAGCAAAACCAGCAGCAGCAACUGCAGCAUCGCCAAAACCAGCAGAAGCAGCAGCAGCAAAACCAGCGGCAGCAGCAGCAGCAGCAAAACAACCAGCAGCAGCAGUGGCAGCAAAGCCUGCAGCGGCAGCAGCACCGGACGCAGCCAAGUCGGCAGCAGCAACAGCAGCAGCAGCAAAACCAACAGGAGCACCAGCUGCAGCCUCUCAACCAGCAGCAGCAGCAGCAGCAAAACCAGCAGCAGCAGCAACGCCGGCAGCAGCAAAGCCGGCAGCAGCAGCAGCAGCACCAGCAGCAGGAAAGCCUGCUGCAGCACAAAAGGCAGCAGUAACGAGCCCAGCAACAGCAGAGGCAAAAUCAGGAGCAGCAGCAGCAGCAGCAAAGCCAGCAGCAGCAGCAAAGCCUGCAGCAGCAGCAGCACCUCCAGUUAAGCCGACGCCUGGGGUCAAGGAAGCAGCAGCAGCAACAGCAAAACCAGCAGCAGCAGCACCAGCAGCAGCAAAGCCAGCAGCAGCAGCAGCACCAGCAUCGAAGCCAGCAGGAGCAGCAGCAACAAAUGCGGCAGCAACUAAAGCAGCAGCAACACCAGCAGCGGCGGAGAAGCCUGCAGCAGCAGCAGCAGCAGGAAAAGCAGCAGCAGCAGCGCCACAACCAGUGGGAGCAGCAGCAGCACCCAAAGCAGCGGCAGCAGCAGCAAAACCGCUAGCACCAGCAGCAGCAGCAAAAUCAGCAGCAGCAGCAAAACCAGCCGCAGCAGAUAGCAUCAAGAUUCCUGCUGAUGCUGCUGCUGCUUUCAGGCCAAAGGGCCCCGCUGCAGCUGCUGCAGCAGCAAAACCCGCAACAGCAGCAGCAGCAGCAAAACCAGCAGCAACUGCAGCAGCAAAGCCAGCAAUAGCAACUCCAGCAGCGAAACCAGCAACAGCAACUGCAGCAGCAAAGCCAGCAGCAACAACUGCAGCAGCAACGCCGGCAAAGGCAACAGGAGCAACAGCAGCAAAACCAGCAGCAGCAGCAGCAGCAGCAAAACCAGUGGCAGCAGCACCAACGAAACCAGCAGCAUUGAUAAAGCCUGCAACAACAACAGCAGCAACAAAGCCGGCAGCAGCAGCAGCAGCGAAACCAGCAGCAGCAGCAGCAAAACCGUCAGCAGCAGCAGCAGCGAAACCUGCAGCAGCAGCAGCAGCAAACCCACAGGCAGCACCAACAGCAGCAGCAAAAGAAGAACCAGGAGCUUCUCCUCAAACAGCAGCAGCAGCAGCAGCAACAGCAGCAGCAGCAACAGCAGCAGCAGCAACAGCAGCAGCAGCAACAGCAGCAGAAGAUGGCCGCAGCUACAGGCUAAUUCACUUGCUGAGGUCUCGGCCGCCGCUGCUGCUGCUGCUGCACAGCGUAGAGGAGCAGCUAAAAGCAGCAGCAGCAGCAGGAGCAGCAGCAGUAGCAGCAGCAGCAGCAGACACAGCAGCACACAGACGCAUGACCCCACAACUGGGAGACAAACUAGUAGACACAGCAGCAGCAGCAGCAGCAGCAGCAGCAGCAGAAGCAGAAGCAGAAGCAGCAGCAGCAGCAAAUGAAGGAGUCCAAACAAUUAACUGCAGCAGCAGCCCCGUGCUGCAGCUGCUGGACUAUUGCAGAAGACACGCAGGCAAGAAGGCAAAUAAAUAA